UAAUGUAUUUACCGUCUCUGACUUACUCAAAGUGAAUUUUUUUGUUUGAAACGGUCUAAAAUAGUUGUAUGUGAACAUAUUAUAAUAAAAAAAAGAUUCAGUGCGUGGUUUUAUACCUGUCGUUUGACGUUGUUAGGGAUCAGAGCCUUGACAAAAAAUCUCAUCGCAUUGCUGUGUAUUAUUAAACUAGUGAGAAUCAGAAAUACCAAAAACCAGUACUAAAAUGGACGAUUAUAACGGGACCAUGAUUAAUAUAGAGGAAGACGAGGACGUAAAACAGUAUUUCAACGAAGUCUUAGUGAAAAUACCUGAGCUGAAUCACAUUAAUGAUACACGCAACAAUUCUCCGACAAACCAUAAUGGUUAUCAAAAAACAAUUGACGAGUAUGCAUACAAACUUAAUGAAGCAGGAGGUAUUAAAAUUGAAGUUGGAGAAACGGACGAUUAUCAUUAUAAGUCUAUUUUUGAAUUAGAAGAAGAAAAUAAACAAAGGCAAGAGCAACAAAAUACAAUCGACGUGAAUGAAUACGAGUAUUCUGAAUCAAUAAUCAAAAUUGAAGUGGAAACGGAUGAUAACUACGAGACAGUGUUCAAAACUGAUAAAGUCGACGAGGGGAACAAUGAAAUAACUGAAACAUUUACAAAAGAAACAAAAUCGACCAACAUUGAAAAACCCUAUAAUAGUUGCGUCACACCACAGAACGAACUUCUAAAAUCAUUUGACGGGAAUAUUUAUAAUAACAGAGAACUGUGCAAUACAACGGUGGUUAAAGUCGAAGUUGAUAUGGUAGAUGGACAUUAUUACGAAUCCUUGAUUGAAGUUGAAGAAAAUGGGCUUUUGGAUUUGAAAACGACCGCCCAACGCAUACCUCGAUCACAUAGUGCAUAUUCAUCGACCCAGGAAAGAUCUACAAAACAGGUCUUCAAUAAAAAUAUUUUGGCACACUCUGGUGAGAAGUCCUACAACUGUGAGGUGUGUUCUAAGCCAUUUUCUAAAAAAUCUGCCCUAAAAGUUCACGAGCGCUUGCACACUGGGGAAAAACCCUUUAAAUGUGCUAUUUGCCUAAAACCAUUUUCAUGUAAAAGCUACCUCACAAUACAUGAACGAGUACACACUGGCGAAAAACCCUAUACAUGUGCUGUAUGUCUUAAGUCAUUUUCACAUAGAAACAACCUUACAAUACACGAACGAUUGCACACUGGUGAAAAACCCUAUAAAUGUGCUGUAUGUUUAAAGUCAUUUUCUGAAAAAUCACAUCUCACCAAACAUUGUAGAGUGCACACUGGGGAAAAACCCUACAAAUGUGAUAUUUGCCUAAAAUCGUUUUCUCAAAAGUUCCAUUUCACUGUACAUAAAAGAGGACACUCUGGGGAAAAUCCGUAUACGUGUGCUGUAUGUUUGAAGUCAUUUUCUGGAAAAUCACAACUCGACAAACAUGAACAAACAUAUUAUUAUUGUGGUAUCGGCCGCCGUGUAUAGUGUCGUGUAUUUAGCCGUAAUCUUGAAAUCCACUUUCACAAAACACGAACUCGUGCACACUGCUGAAAAGUCCUACUAAUGAACAAUUUCAAAUGGAAACGAAACUUUUUAUAAAAUGAGACCAAUUUGCAGAGGAUUUGCGCCCAAAUCGAAGAUCCAAUCAUAGACGAAAAACUAGAGGCGAUAAAGAAAAUUCCAUUAAAAUAUUUUUUAAAAAAACAUAUAGCUUAGCCAUAUGCACAUA